UUAGUGUUUAAAAAUCUUUAAUCCUGAUCUGCCGCUGCCCCUAUUGCUGCCUGUUUGGGAGUGCGCUAAAAAAACGUACCCAAGGCUGCAGUGUGAGUUGUUUUUUUUUUUUUGCUACAUAUUUCUGCAAAAAGAGUCUCCAUUACCUACAUGGCUUAUGCCUGCCCUUACUCUUUUAGUGCCUUUGUUCCUUCUGAAGAGCCCAGUAAGAAGAGAAACAAGCAAGAUUGUGAGAGACGCUGCAGGGCAUGUAACAAUACUGCUAUAAAGGAUGGUGUUUUUUCCUAUUCAUAAGGAUGUACAGGAUUUGAUCUGUGUGGAGUGGGCUACAAUUUCAAAGAGAAUCCCAGUUGAAAGCAGGAUUGAAAAGUUAUAUCUCUUUUUAGAUGAGAUGCAGGAUGUUUGGAAUACGCCUCUUUCAGUGGAAGCUUCAGUGGCGAGGUUGUCAAGGAAGACAACAUUAUCUAUAGAUGAUAUCUCUGCCUUAAAGCAUACAUUGGACCACUGCAUGGAGACUGAGUUAAAGAAGUGUUACAUGUCAGCUGGAGCAGCCAUCUGUGGCCUUGGUGUCCAUUACAAAAGCUCUCUUUUUGUGGGCUGAAAUGGAUAUGGUUCCUAAAGGGAAGAUUUUGGAAGGUCUUGAAGACUUCAGACUAGCUUCUAAUUCUGCCUUCAGGCAUAUUUGAAUUUAGUGCAGUUGUCAGCUCACUCUGUCUUUUGGAGUUGCAGCUCGUAGAGUCCUUUGGGUGAGAUCUUGGUUUGCUGACACCGGUUUCAAAAACUCUCUUUGUAAAAUGCCUUAUGAGGGGAAGAGACUAUUCCUAAGGCCCUGGAUGACAUAAUCUCCAAGUCAUAAACAUUGCCAAGCCCCAAAUGAUUCCAGCUCAAAGAAUGGUGUAUCUUGGAGCUCAGAUAGACAUGAUUCUGGGUAUGGUUUCCCUUCCACUGCAGAAGUAUUUUGUUCUUCAAGUGAACAGUCCUUCACAUCAGCAAGGAAAUUCAUGAGACUUCAAGGUCUCCUCACUUCAACAAUAGGUCUGGUGAAGUGGGCCAGAUGGAGGUUGAGACCUAUUCUACUGACAUGUCUCAGGCAAUGGGAUCCUCUUGUGCAGAAUUGGUCGCAGACAAUUCGGAUCAGCAAAGAACACCUCACUUGGUGGAAAGUUCCCUGCUAUCUCCAGAAGUUCUCUUGAGGAGCCAGCUUGGAUGAAGAUAUUUACGGAUGCCUUGGGGUCAGGUUGGGGAGCUGAAAUCAGGAAAUAUUUGUCUGGGUGACAUCUGUUUGGGGCCGUCUGUGGGUGGAUCUGAUGGCGACAGAUCAGAAUGCCAAGCUUCCAAUUUUCUUCUCCAGAGCUCUUUUUCCAGGAGUUGCAGCAGUAGAUGCAGGUAACUCUAAGAGUCUUGUGGAAAAUUCUGAGCAUGAGGUGAUUGCUAUUCUCCCGGACUGGCCCAGGAGACCCUGAUAUCCACUCCUGAAGUGCCUGUUGAUUGCAGAUCCGUUACCACUUCCACAAAUUAGGAACCUUCUGCUCCAGGGCAGUUGGAAACACCCCAAUCCAGCGAAUUUCAGGCUGAUCUCCUGGAAGUUAAAAGGAAAAUUCUGAGCGAAUAUGGCUGUUCUAAUUUGGUUAUCGAAACCCUGGUUAGAGCUAGGAAGAGCAACACAAAUUCAAAAUAUCAUAAAGUAUGGGACACCUUCUGUUCCUGGGCUUCGGGUUAACCGCUUUGUCACCCUCUGUAGCAGAUAUCUUGGAAUUUCAUCCGGAGGUACUUCAGAAGGUGUUAAGCCUCAGCAUUCUGAAAGGCCAGGUCUGGGCUUUAUCUGCAGUUUUGGAAAAUAAAUGAUCUAGGGAUCCACUAAUAGAGAGAUUCUUUCAGGAAAAAAUUAUAAUUCGGCCUCCAACUACAUCCAUUUUUCCUACCUGGGAUCUUCCACUCAUGUUGAAAGCCCUGUCUGCCAAGCCUUUUGAACCUCUGGAUCAGGCUUCCCUGAGUAUUCGUCACUAGAUGUCAAAAGAUGCUUAGAAAUCGACUUCAAGAGAACAGAAUCAAGAAUGCUAUUUGUUAUUCCAGUAGGAAAGAGAACAUGAGAGCCAGCCUCUAAGUCUACUCUGAUUUCUUGGAUAGUCAAGGCCAUAUCAAGAGCAUAUAAGUAGCAAGGCAGUUCUCUACCUAAGGGAGUUAAGGCGCACAUGGUGUGGCGGCUUCUCGGGCAGCGGAGGCAGAAGUUUCAUCUGAGGCAAUUUGCAAGGCAGCAACUUGGGUUACACCUAAUACGUUCAUUAGGCAUUACAGAUUGGAUGUUAUGUAUACAUCUCAAGCCCAGUGCUUUUUCCAUGGUGACGGGGGAUGGCCAGGAAAAUAAAAUUCCCGCAACCAAUCAUUAAAUGCGCAAAAACUGGUGCCAGAAAUGAAGCCACUCCAGCAAAUUCAUGUCACCUACAGUAGAGUUAUAAGGGAUGUACAGCAAGCAAAUCUACCUGCUUUUUUAUCUACCUCCUGCAACCGCCCGAGCAGGAAGAAGAAACACAACGGUUAUGAUGAGGUUAACCAAACAAAAUAUGAACGUUUGGUGCGGACUGUCACUGCCUCCCGUGUCAGCCCACAGACACCUGAUAGGUUAUUUGAAGAAGACAACGUUUUGUUUGGCAAAGUGGUAAAAUCAAAGACUGUAACACAAACACCUGAGCCUAAGACCCCACAGAAUUGGGUCCCUCUAACCAACCCAGAUAAAGUUAGUUUGCCCCUGGAGAAAACAGACUUUGACUUACCCAUCAAGAUCAGUUUACCAGCAAGAACCCAUAUGCCAAAUGGCAAAAUCCCUAGUGUCACCAGAAUUCUACAACAAACCAUGCCCAUGGAACAGGCAUUUUACCUUGAGAGGUGGAAGCAGAGGAUGAUCAUGGAAUUGGGAGAACAAGGCUUCUCUGAAUAUACUGCAGCUCUAUUUUCACAGGGAAAGCAGUUCCAUACACAGCUGGAAGAUCUGCUUUUAUCUCUGGACGGCCAUGGUAAAAAAGAGGAGCCUGAGGGGUUGACCGGGUACUUGACUAGUGUUCAGCAUGUCCUGACAGACAUUGUUGGAGUUAAGUCACUUGAAAGUGCAGUGCAGCACUCACAGCUGCAGUACUUGGGUCUUGUGGAUUGUGUGGCUGAAUAUCGGCAGAAGCUGUGUGUAAUAGACUGGAAGACUUCAGAGAAACCAAAGCCAUAUUUACGGAACACAUAUGACAAUCCACUGCAAAUUGCAGCUUAUAUUGGAGCAAUAAAUCAUGACAACAAUUAUCAUUUUCAGGUGAACUGUGGUCUGAUAGUGGUGACAUACAAAGAUGGCUCCCCUGCCCAUACGCAUUUUAUGGACACAGAUCUUUGUUUGCACUUCUGGAAUAAGUGGCUGCUACGCUUAGAGGAAUAUAAGAAGAAGAAGAAAGAGGAAACACAGCAAUGACAGCAAGACAUGGCAGUGAAUUCUCCACAUUUACAGUCUGUUGUAUUGCCUAUGCUCAUCGCCUAGACCUUACGUGAAUGGAACUCGAAAGGGGGAGCUCCUAAUCUCUGUGUUUGAUUGGAUCUUUAAUAUUGGAUGGAAUAAAAAUAAUAUUGAUGAAAUAUUGAUGAGGGUGUUGUUCUAAAAACUUUUGCAAUGUACAUUCAUUAUUUUUUAUUUUUUUUAAUUCCAAGAUAAAAGGAUACAUGUACUGUUAACAUGAAUUUGUUUUGUUACAACGUUGCCACCUGCUGGUCAUUUUUGGACCACCAAGAAGUCAAAGAAGUUGUCAGGAGAAAGUAAGAGGCUGGUCUGAAGUUCUUCUGGUUAAGAAAAAAUUUAGAAACCUUUCUCAAAUCUUUUCUUACCAGAAGAAUAUCAGAUCAGCCUCAACUUCUUUGACUAGUUGGUGGUCAGAAUGGCUGGAAACUGACCAGCAGGCAGUGCUGUUGUAACAAAAUGCAUUCAUAUGUCAGUACAUGUAUCCCUUAAAAUCUUGGAAUUAAAAAAAAAAAACAAAUAAUGAAUUAAUGUACAUUGCUAAAGUUCUGAGAAUAGUACCCUCAUCAAUUUUACAUAUCCUAGUUUAAGGGCAUAUUUAUGAAAAGGCAAAAAAUUUACUUGAGGCAUGGUUAUACGUGGCUGGGGUGCCGGCUCUUUGUGAUACAAUAGUAACUAAAGCAAAAACCAGUCUGUACCUUAUAGGUGGCACACAUGUUAAAGACAUUUGCUCCAACCAGUCGCAGUAUGAGAAUGUACUGUGGCUGAUUCUUAACCAGUUUUUUGUGAAGUACCACAAGCUACGUUUAAGCAUAUUUAUCAAAAGGUGACACAGAUCGCCAAAGAGAAAUUCUGCCACCCUCUAGAUAUGAAAUAUUUAGGAAUUUUUGAAGCAUAUUCAUUAAAAGUGCAAUUCUAACUUUCACACUUUGAUCAAUAUGUCUCUGAAAGUAAAUCAAGAGCUGAGAAAUUUGACUGGGGGGGCCGUGAUGCUCUCUAUUUUUUACUGUUUGAAACAUUUGCUUUGUAAUAAGUCAUUUGGUCACCAAGUGACCUAAAUUUAAAUAAAACCUACUUAAUAACCCACAUGGUAAUCUAUUUUUUUUUUUUUUUUUACACAUUAUUACCAUGCACUUUUGCAUUCCUUGACGUUUUACUUUACAUAUAUUGCCUUCAUUGUGAUUCAAUUCAAAAACCGCAGACCUAUGCUUGCUGCAUAGUUUUAUAUAACUACAUAAAUCUAUUGUACACAAUUGCAGAAUAUGUUGGAACUUUAUAAAUACAUGUUAUCAAUGAUAAUAAUAUCCUGACGUUUUCCCAUUUAUUAAUCAAGCAUAAUAACUGACCAUCAGUAAAAUAUAUUUUAUUAUAACCCCAUGCAUCUAGUUUUUGUCUU